UAACCCGAACCGCGCUAGCUAGGCUAGCUGAGCUGCUCGGCUAACAAUCUGUGGCUGAAUCCUAAACGGGGUUCUACUUCCUGUCGAAGUGCACUAGAUAGGGUAUAGAAUAACGACAUCUACGCCAUGUUAGGUGCACUGGAUAAGCCAAUGGGAAGCCGUUUGGGAUUCAGCCUUGAUGAAACGCCUUGUUCAGCUAUAAAUUAAUGCUGGAUUCUAGCGAAUACUCUAUAUUUCUAAUCAUUUUAGCUGCAUGUAGCGGGUUCUAAUGACUAGAUAGCAUAGUUGUUUAGUUAUUAUUAUUAUUAUUAUUAUUAUUAUUAUUAUUACUAAUAGUGCAUAUUUUUAUUUCAGUAUAUAUUCAAAACAAGUUCAAUACUCAAUAAUAUAAACUCAAAUAGAGAAGUUCACUAUUCACUAUAAGUUCACUAUAUAUAAUUUGGAAAAUGAAUUUCUAACCCCAUCUCCAUGACCAAUAAAUUCAAAUCCUUAAUGAAUCAAAAUGAAUAAAUAAACAAAAAACAUUUCAGCAUAAACACCUCCUCAGGUGGUGUAAGUGAAAUUGUAAUGUUCAGGUUUGACAGAGAGAAAUGGGUAAAUGCCCAAGAUGACUACUUUCUGUGUAAAUCUCAAACAUGGAUGGAAUUAAAAUGUUGAUAAUAGGCAAAGAAACUGAUAUAAAGUGAAGAAAUACGUCAACAAUUGCAAUGGGAGUUUUCCGAGGUAGUUAGAAGCAUCCCCACAUACUGUAUCUCAUCUCAAAUUUCUGCCUAUGAAAUUUCUGCCAAUCUAUGAAAACAAUGAGUGGUACAGGUGUUUUAAGACGGGCAACAUGUCUGAUGAAGUUUCCCCGGCCGUCCUUCAACUUCUCGAACACAGGAAAACCGAGAAAAUUUGAGAACUUGGUCGAUUGUUGGUUGAUUGUCGUCAUGUUUUCAGCGAGUUAGAAGAGCUCACUGGCACUUCCUGGAGUUCAGUACAACAGAUUUUAACGCAAGGUCUCAGUAGGCGUCGAGUCUCUGUCAAAUUCUGAUGAAUGAUCAGAAAGGCAGUCGUGUUGCUGUGUGUGAGGGCUUGAGAGAACUUCACGGAAAUGACCCAGGAUUCCUGUCUAAGGUCAUAACAAUCGAUGAUGAAAAUGGGAUCUACGGGUAUGACCCUGAAAAUAAGCAACUGUCCAAUUAGUGGAGCCAAAACCAAGCAACGGUCUAACCAGUGGAACCAAACCAAGCAACGGUCCAAUCAGUGGACCUGGAACCAAGCAACGGCCCAAUCAGUGGACCCGAAAAAAAGCAACGGUCCAAUCAGAGGACCCGAACCAAGCAACGGUCUAAUCAGUGGACCCGAAACCAAGCAACGGCCCAAUCAGUGGACCCGAAACCAAGCAACGGCCCAAUCAGUGGACCCGAAACCAAGCAACGGCCCAAUCAGUGGACCCGAAACCAAGCAACGGCCCAAUCAGUGGACCCGAAACCAAGCAACGGCCCAAUAGGUGUACCCGAAACCAAGCAACGGUCCAAUCAGUGGAAGACGCCGACAUUUCUAAAACCAAAGAAAAAGCACAUCAGGUCAACUCGAACAUCAAGACAAUCAUGAACACUGGGAUGAUAUUUUGGGUCCCCCCUCCUAUGUAUAUGAACUUUAGGAGUUUGUUAGUAGUCCCUAUGAAGUAAUGAGUAAAACAUGAAAGGGACAUGUUGUUGUAGAAAAAUAAUCAACGCCUCAGUGGUGUGUUCCGUAACUGCCCCGAAGUUCAUCACUUUCUUAUAACAGCAUGUCCCUAGUGUUUUAUGUGUAAUGUCCUCGAAACUACUUGAUUCCUUUUCUCACUUGCGUUAUCACAGCUAUAAACAGUCGAUCCCUGUCACACCAACCUCACUUUAUUCUCUCUCUCCCUCUUGAAGUUGAUAAGUUGGAAAAACUCGCAACUUGUCAUGUUAGUGAGAAACCACAAAAAAGUAAAAAAAACUUGGUUACAGCUUCACCUCUGACUGUUACAAAGCGCUGACACUGGAGACUCCUUCCUUUAACGUUACAUUUUGAAAAUCCGUUUAUUAUUAUCAGUGGAGCGUCCGCUGUACAAGUCCCUGUGAACGACCUGUUACUAUAGAAACGAUAACGCAUUAGAACAAGCUCAUUCAUUAUAAAGAAACCUGUGAUUUGCAGCUACGCUACUAUCAGAGAAUUAAACAACUUCUGACCAAUCAGACUCCAGAAUUCAGCAGUGCUGUGGCGUAAACAGUAGUUAAUUAGCGUUCUGCACAUCUCGUGUCAUUACACACGCUGUGCAGUCUGAUUCAUGAAGCAUCCAGGAAAAUGUCUUCUCAACGUCUGUAACUUUAAUUCUCGAUACCUUAAUGUUUUCAGAACUAAACAUUUCCAAAUGAUCAGAAUUAAAAUAUUAAAAUAUUGUGCAAGACUCUAGGCAACCUAAUAUUUUUAAUACAAAUUUUGUCUUAGAUGUUUGUUUUAUGACUUCUGCAUUAUUGGGUCAGUUAAAAAAACAGCAACAAAAACAAAAUCAAGAUAUCCAUGCAACACCAUUGACAAAAUUAUUUGUUUCGAUGAUGUGUUCUUUUGUUUGUAAAGAAGGUAAAGUAUGUAAUACUGCACAAAGUGAGAAUCUGAGAAUGUGUUGAAGCAGACGGUUGUCAUGAAAAGUAUUGACGUCUUUUAGUUUUGCUGUUUACUUCUGUUUAUAGAAUUUUUUUCUAUAGAAAACGUACAUGUGGGGGAUACAAUAUUGUAUAUUAUCAUGGUUUGCGUGAAGUACGUUAAUUCACAGAAAAUUCCGUCCUGCUUAUGAUUGUUUGCACCUCUUUUGUCAAUAUCAUGGAUAUGAACACUUUUAGACCCCUUGUAAUGGAAUCAGAAGAUGUCAAACACGGCCCUUUCAGAGAAACGGCACAUGCUCCGGCUCCUGCUGGCUCACAGCUAUGUGAAGACAUGCAGACUUGUACAACUUCUGCUGGUGGGACAUUAAACUCUGGGGGAUGUGUCACCAUCAUGGACCAACAGAAGGUUGUAAAGAAGGAGGAACCUGAAGAUGAAGGCUACCUCUAUGGAGAAAUAUCUGAGAAAAAUGUCAGCCCUGUUAACCAAUCAGAUGAAGAAUUAAUGAAGACUGUAAAAGAAGAGGAAGAACCUGAAGAAGAUGACUAUCUCGGUGAAGGAACACUGUCUGUGAGACGGGUCAUCAUUGUGGACGAAGACAAUGAAGUGUUUCAGAAGAAGCCUAUAAAAGAGGAGGAACCUGAAGAUGAUGACUAUCUCUACUGUGAGGAUUGCAGAUCCUUCUACAUCAGUGAGUGUGAGGUUCACGGCCCAGCUCUCUUCAUCCAUGAUACUCUUGUUCCCAUGGGGGUCGUUGACCGAGCCAGACAAACUCUUCCACUCGGUCUAGAGAUUCUGAAGUCUAGUAUUUCUGACUCAGGCCUGGGAGUGUUUAAUAAGGGCGAGACUCUUCCAGUUGGUGUACACUUUGGACCCUACCAGGGAGAUCUGGUAGACCGAGAGGAAGCCAUGAACAGUGUCUACUCUUGGGUGAUAUACAAGAGCAUACAGUGUGAGGAAUACGUAGAUGCCACGAGAGAGACACAUGCUAACUGGAUGAGGUAUGUGAAUUGUGCUCGUAGCAGUGAGGAGAAGAAUCUCAUGGCAUUCCAGUAUCAAGGAGGGAUUCUAUACCGUUGUUGUCAACCCAUCGAACCAGGGCAGGAGCUCUUGGUGUGGUACGAGGAGGAGUACGCCAAACAUCUCGGUGUUACAUUCGACUACCUAUGGAACAAAAAGUCAACAAAUGAAAUGAAGAGCUUCCCGUUGCAAGUCUUCUCCUGUUCAUUGUGUUCCUUAUCCUACACGUCUCAAAUUUACCUCCACAAACACAUCAAAAGAUGCCAUUAUGAAGAAUAUGUGAGACUCUUGAAAAGUGGAGUGAUUAAACUUAAUAAUCAGAUGUCUGCAAACAGCUCCAGCAGCCCGCAAAUGUCCUCUGGUACCCUCCACACUAAGUCCGGAGAAGUGCAGAAAGAAAUCCAUCACUGCUCAGACUGUGGGAAAAGUUUUACUCAUCCGAGUUAUCUCCUACAACACCAGCACGUUCAUACAAGAGAGAGGCCUUAUCACUGCUCGGAGUGUGGGAAGAGUUUUACAAGACCCGUUAAUCUCCAAAUACAUCAGCGCAUCCACACGGGGGAGAAACUGUAUCACUGCUCACAGUGUGGAAAGGAUUUUACUCGACAAAAUCAUUUCCAGUUGCACCAGCACAUGCACACGGGGGAGAAGCCGUAUCAGUGCUCGGAGUGUGGGAAGAGUUUUACUCGACCAGGUAAUCUCCAGCUACACAAACGCAUUCACACGGGGGAGAAGCCAUAUCACUGCAUACAGUGUGGAAGGAGUUUUACACAACAGACAAGCUUCCAACUUCACCAGCGUAUUCACACAGGAGAGAAACCAUUUUACUGCUCACAAUGUGAGAAGAGUUUUACUCGGCUGAGUACUCUCCAAAGACACCAGCUCGUUCACACGGGAGAGAAGCCGUAUCAGUGCUCGGAGUGCGGGAAGAGUUUUACGCAACAGGUGAAUCUCCAACUUCACCAGCGUCUUCACACGGGGGAAAAGCCGUGUCACUGCACACAGUGUGGGAAGAGUUUCACUCGGCUGAGUACUCUCCAAAGACACCAGCGUGUUCACACGGGAGAGAAGCUGUAUCACUGCUCGGAGUGUGGAAAGUGUUUCACGCAACAGGUCAAUCUCCGAUUACACCAGCGUGUCCACACAGGGGAGAAGCCGUUUCACUGCUCACAGUGCCAGAAGAGUUUUACUCACCUGAGUACUCUCCAACGACACCAGCGCAUUCACACAGGAGAGAAGCCGUAUCAGUGCUCACAGUGCGGGAAGAGUUUUUCUCACUUGAGUACACUCCAGAGACACCAGCUCAUCCACACAGGGGAAAAACCCUAUCAGUGCAUACAGUGUGGAAAAAGUUUUACUCAACUGAGCACUCUCCAAAAACAUCAGCACGUUCACACAAAAGAAAAACCAUACUACACCUCAUAGUGUGGGAAGACUUUUACACAAAAUCUGAAAAGGUUCAAACAUUUUUAUUCCUCGACAAACAUAUUUGUAUCUUCAAACGUAACAUUUUAUUUACAAUUCGUUUAUAUGACCUAUUUAUAUACACCUAUAUAUAUUGACGCUGGCCUUGGAGUGUUUAAUAAGGGGGAGACUGGCCAAGUUGGUGUGCACUUUGGGCCCUACCAGGGAGAUCAGGUAGACCGAGAGGAAGCCAUGAACAGUGUCUACUCUCGGGUGAUAUACAAGAGCGGACAGUGUGAGGAAUACAUAGAUACGAAGACAGAGACACAUGCUAACUGGAUGAGGUAUGUGAAUUGUGCUCGUAGUGGCGAAGAGAAGAAUCUCGUUGUGUUCCAGUAUCAAGGAGGGAUUCUUUAUCGUUGUUGUCAAGUAAUCAAACCAGGGCAGGAGCUCUUGGUGUGGUACGAAGAGGAGUACGCCAAACAUCUCAGCCUUACGUUUGGAUAUCUCUGGAACAAAAAGUCAACGAAUGAAAUGAAGACUGCCCCAUUGCAAGUCUUUUCCUACUCCUUAUGUCCAUUUUCCUAUACGUCUCAAAUCAACCUCCACGAACACAUGAAAAGAUGCCAUUAUGAAGAAUAUGUAACGUUUCUGAAAUCUGGUGAAAUUAAACAUGAUAAUGCGAUGCCAACAAAAGGCCUGCAACCGUCCUCUGGUUCUCUCUGCAAAAGCACUGGAGAAGUGCAGAAAGAAAUCUAUCACUGCUCGGGCUGUGGGAAGAGUUUUACAAGACCCGUUAAUCUCCAAAUACAUCAGCGCAUUCACACAGCAGAGAAACUGUAUCACUGCUCACAGUGUGGAAAGGAUUUUACUCGACAGAGAAAUUUCCAGCUACACCAGCGUAAGAGUUUUACACACCUGAGUACUCUCCAACAGCAUCACUGCAUUCACACCGGAGAGAAGCCGUAUCAGUGCUCACAGUGCGGGAGGAGUUUCACACAGCAGCGUGCUCAGCUACAUUGGAGCACUCACACAGGAGAGAAGCCAUUUUGCUGUUCACAGUGCGGGAAGAGUUUUACCCGACGGACGACCCUCCAAACACCCCAGAGCGUUCACACGGGAGAGAAGCCGUGUCACUGCUCCCAGUGCGGAAGGACCUUUACUCACCAGACUUAUCUCCAAACACACCAGCGCGUUCACACGGGAGAGAAGCCGUAUCAGUGCUCAGACUGCGGGAAGUUUUUCACUCAGAAGAGUACUCUCCAGAUACACCAGCGCCUUCACACCCGAACAAAACUGUAUAACUGCUCGCAGUGCGGGAAGAGUUAUACGCAGCAGAGCGCUUUCAGAAUACACCAGCGCAUACACACGGGAGAGAAGCCAUAUCACUGCUCACCAUGUGGAAGGAGGUUCGCUUAUUUAGGUCCAUUUAAGGCACACAAGUGCGCUAGCAUGGACCUAUCACUGUCUGACAUUUUAACUUUAAAUCAAGAAACAUGAUCAUUAUUACAGUAUUUAUGUUCAUUUGGAAAAACACUGUUUAUCUAUUGCUAUUUGAUUCGUGUAGGUAAAAAUAAAUAAAUACUUCAUGUAUUAUUCCACUACAAUUCUGUUUAAAUAGUUAGUUACUUUUUUUUAUUUUAGCACUAUUACAUCUGUCAUUAUUGUAUAUAAAUAGUUAUAUAGUAUAUUUUAUAGGAAAUUAUUCCUUUUGUACUGUACAUUGCCUCGAAUCGAGAAAUCCCCACAAGUCUAAUGGAAAGCCUUCCCAGAAGAGUGGAGCUUAUUAUAACCAUGAAGAGGAAUAAAUCUGGAAUGGGAUGUUCAACAAGCACAUAUGGGUGUGAUGAGUCAGGUGUCCACAUAUUUUUGGCCUUAUAGUGUACAUCCAACUUGCUUACUCAGGUCUGAAAGUGCUGAGGUCAUGUGCUGGGCAGAAGAACCUCUCAAGUUGGUAAUAGACCAGCCCACUGAUUGAUCAAGAUGUCUUGGAGACGCAUGAUGAAGCUACAUUAAAAAUAAAUAAAUAAACAUUUUAGUAAUAUGCUUCCAUACGGAGCCUUGAUGUAUCUCUAGAUCAGGUUAUAGAGUAUCAAAGUGAGGCUUAACUGUGAGGUACAUUUUGGAUAUAAUUAGCGUGAUAACGAUUAAUAAUGUCGAG